CCUUCAUAACCAGAAAACCCUACUUUAAAACCCUUAGAAACUCAUUGACGCACUGAUUCCAGCAGACCCCUUUAACUCUUAACACUUUAGGACUGUUAAUCAUGGACACUGUUUCCACACACACACAUGAAUCCAGCAGCAGUGAGAGGAAAGUGAUCGCGGUGGUGGGAGGCGGUUUGGUUGGAUCGCUGAAUGCCUGCUUCCUUGCCAAAAGAGGGUUUGAUGUUGCAGUCUAUGAAUCUCGAGAAGAUAUUCGUCAAGCAAAAGUCGUGAAAGGUCGAAGCAUCAACUUGGCCCUGUCACAUAGGGGGCGCCAGGCCUUGAAACAUGUGGGAAUGGAGGAUAAGAUAGUCUCUAAAGGCAUUCCAAUGCAUGCCCGUAUGAUCCAUAAUCUGAAUGGAAAACGCUCUCCAAUACCCUACGGCAAAAAGGGACAGUACAUCCUCUCUGUGGACAGAGCUAACCUCAACAAGGAGCUGCUAACAGCUGCAGAGGCAUAUCCAAACACUACACUGAACUUUGAUCACAAGCUGCAGGACUGGAGUCCAAAAUCGGGAACAAUGAGCUUCAUUGGACCUGAUGGCCAGAAGAAGGAGAUCCAGGCUGAUCUGAUCGUAGGCUGUGAUGGAGCUUUCUCUGCCGUCAGGAAGCAGUACCUACGGCAAAGUCGUUUCAAUUACAGCCAGACAUACAUUCCCCACGGGUACAUGGAGCUCACCAUGCCUCCUAAAGACGGAGAUUUUGUGAUGGAGCCCAAUUACUUGCACAUUUGGCCCAGGAACACUUUCAUGAUGAUUGCCCUGCCCAACUUGGACAAGACGUUCACAUGCACACUCUUCAUGCCCUUUGAAGAAUUCGAGAAGAUCCGCUCCGGUGACGAGGUCAUCCGUUUCUUCCAGAAAUACUUCCCUGACUCUAUACCUCUAAUAGGAGUUGAGGCUCUCAAACAGGAUUUCUUCCGGCUGCCGGCUCAGGCCAUGGUCUCGGUGAAGUGCUCCCCGUAUCAUCUGUUUGAUAAGUGUGUUCUUAUGGGAGAUGCGGCCCACGCUGUGGUUCCUUUCUAUGGUCAAGGCAUGAAUGCAGGCUUUGAGGAUUGUUUAGUUUUUGAUGAGAUUAUGGACCAGCUGAAUGAAAACCUUGCUUCUGUGCUAGAAGAAUACACCAAAGUCCGUGUACCUGACGAUCACGCCAUAGCUGACCUGGCCAUGUACAACUAUGUAGAGAUGAGAGCACACGUCAAUUCCAGAUAUUUCCUGUUUCGAAAAUACCUGGACAAUUUCCUUCACUUCAUCAUGCCAAAAACAAUCAUCCCACUUUACACAAUGGUCACAUUCACCAGAACACGGUACCAUGAAGCGGUGAAGCGCUGGCAUUGGCAAAAUAAGGUGAUCACUCAAGGGCUGUGGCUGUGUGGAGCUGUAUCUGCUGCAGGAGGGACGUAUGUCUUGGUCAGAAACUCUCACAAACUCCCCAGAAUCUCUGCAGAGCACCUGUGGACCCGUAUACUUGCCUUAAAGCAGUUCUAAACCCUGUGUUGAUGUUUAGUAAGAUCUUCCAUGGCUCUGUACUUGACCAAAAUUGAAGUCUUGUUCAAUACAAGUUAAACAAAAAAUGCUCUGCAUUUUGUGUUAUGAUGUUGAUUACCACAGAAAAUCAUUUUGAGUAAUUUGCCAAUGUAGUGCACUUAAAAUGGGUUUAUAAUGGGCCAGCAUUCCAGAUGGUUUAAAGCAGAAAUGUAGCUGGUAUGAUUGUUAAAGCACUUAUCUUCUCAUCAUGCUUUAAUGCAAAGUGACUUGUUUAUUAUUAUUAUUCUAUAUUUUCUGUGAUUAUCAACUGUCUUGCAUUCCUUUAACAUGUAUUGAAUCCAGAACAUUCCUUUUAAGAAGUCACCAUGACCUUGAAAUUGUUUUAAUGGAUGUAUAAUUCUGUUUCAGUUCUAAUUCGGGUUUGCUUUUACUUUAUAUAUCACGUAGAUCACAUGUGUGUGGGUGUUGUGAUCUCUAAGCACAUAGAUAUCAUUUCUUUGUUUUUAAUUAUUUAAAAAAGUCAAGCUGAUCACUGUCUGUUCUUGUAGAUUCAAACUAAGUUAGAUGUGACUGAAUAAAACCUUUGGUUCACUGAA